AUGCUAAACUUCAUCAAACAGGCCUUCCGUAAGACCCCGGCAAAGCUAUACGGACUCGACCAUGCCGUCCUCAACAUCCAGCUCCCGCCACAGUCAAUGUGGAUGAACGUUGGAUAUUGGGAGCACACAAACAACUUCCCAGAAGCAUGUGAAGCGCUCCUAGAGCAAGUUGUGACAACAGCUCUAUCAACGGAGAAAGCGCCCUCUGUCCGAAUCCUAGAUGUCGGAUGUGGCUGCGGCGAUCAAUCAUUAUACCUGCACAAAAUCCUAAGAGCUUCGUCUCCUACCUCAAGAGACCCUGGAAACACCUCAGAUCCACAGGUUUCAAAGCAAAGGCUGCGUUUUCGGCAUUCAGUAACCGAGGUUGAAUCAUCGUCUCUGCUGAAACUGGAAUCCUAUAUCGGAAUCACACUGGAACCAAUUCAAGCAGCAUUCGGCUCCCGCCGUCUCAAAGAAAUGCAGCUCGGAAGCCCAGAUCCUCAGGUCCCAGCAGAGAUCUUCUGCGCCGACGCAGGAAAUCCAAGCAGCUGGACGGGUGAAUUGAAAGAAUCAAUCACAACCCUCGAAACAGGCGCAAAGGAAGAACUCAGCCCCUCAACAUGGCUCCUAGCCCUAGACACAAUGUACCACUUCCGACCAACACGCCUCCCCCUUCUAAGCUAUGCCCAAAAGAAUCUACAAGCAAACCUUAUGGCCUUCGACCUAGUCAUGGCCGAUGAUAUCCCCUGGCAUCAGAAACUGCUGUUACGGGUUAUGUGCUGGCUGACGAAUGCGCCGUUUGCAAAUCUCGUUUCGAGGAGUGAGCAGGCUGAGGAGGGCGUGCCAUAUGGGUUGAAGAUGGGGAAGUUUCGGGUUGCUAGGAAGAUGUUUGCUUGGUGGGCUAGGGGGGAUAUUGUUCGGGGGCUUAUUGUUGUUGCUAGGGGGAAGAAGGAGGAAUAA